AUGUCCGCCAACCGCACGGCCCCGAAGAAGGCCCCGAAGAAGCGGGUAUCCUUCAAGCUCCAAUCGUCGUCACCUUCGACUUCUACGCCAAGCCACGCGGCAAACCCCUCGGCCAACAAUCACUCACUCCCUAUUCCCAACCGGCUAUCAGGCUCAGCCUCCAACGCUACGCCCCAGCCUCCGCAGGUCCACGCUCUGCCCGCAACUCCCUGGCCGUUCAAUGAGCAAGACACUCAUCUGAUCUCCGCUGGUUACCAACCCCAGUGGACACCCAAGAAAUCGGAAACCGAGCCUCCAAGCAGAGGCAAGAAAAGCUCAGCCAUGGCGGAACCACGCGCUCGAAUGGCCCGUCACAAAGGGCAAAUGAAUUUCCAGAACGAGCUUCGCCUCCUACUCCUCGCCUACGGAGACCCAAGCCCUCACCCUUCUUUCCCGAAUGAACCGCUCCCGGAGACAGUUCGUGUUCUCGACGAGAUAGUCACGGACUUUGUCCUGGAAGUAUGCCACGGCGCCGCGCAAGUCGCGCAUCACGCUCGUCGCCAAAAGAUCAAGGUCGAAGACUUCCGCUUUGCACUGCGCCGCGAUCCAAACAAACUCGGACGUGUCCAGGAGCUGCUCCGCAUGGAGCGUGAGCUGAAAGAGGCUCGUAAGGCUUUCGAUCAGAACGACGACCAAGUUGCCAAGGAGGCGGGGAAGAAGGGAGCCGCCGCCGCCGCUGCGGCCGCUGCGGCCGGUGAAGAUCCCGAAGCGGCAGAGGCUGCUGCUGCUGCGAGUGUCACUGGCAAGAAGGGAAAGAAUAAGGGCAAGGGGGAAGAGGGAUGCAGCUCGUCGGGGAUCUGA